AAAAUCGAAGAGUGCCGUGAAGGAGCUGUGCAGUGCUUUUAGAACGAAUAAACGUCGAUUGUAGUUUUUUCAAGCCUCGCCGCUUUCCGAAGUUAGCAGACGAAAUUCGGAGAAAGAAAAAUCGCUUUCAAUGGCGUCCUUAUGUGCAAGAUUAGUGCUAAAUGCAGCUAAGCGCAAUGUUUCCUACACACCCGUGAGAUUCUGUAAAAUGAUGAACGAUCCGAUCGAACAUGCUACCGGACUCGAGAAACGUGAACUGCUGGCCCAUCAAGCCGGUGAUACCGAUCCCUUCGAUAUGCGAGUGUUCAAACGUGGACCUGGAACCAAAGACAAGCCGAAUCUGAUUCCAUCGGCUUUCGAGUCACGCCUGGUUGGUUGUGUCUGUGAGGAAGAUCAAACCUAUGUUCAGUGGAUGUGGCUGCAUCAGGGUCACCCAAAACGUUGUGAAUGCGGACACUGGUUCAAACUGGUCGAGAAGGCCCCCAUCUAAGAAGGAGCUUUUAUUAAAGAUGUAAUUGUAGAGCUAACACGCGUAUGUUAAACGGAAACAAAAAAUAAAUACAAAUGAGUAAUCUAAAAAAGCAACAACGCAACUUCUUCAUAGCAAGUCAUAGCCGCAAAAAUAUGCAAAACUAUACUUAAUAGUAUUAACAUUAUGUGGCAUACAUUUCGUUUUUUGCGCAGGUCAUUUCGUGUUUCCUAGAACACUGUUGCAAAACGAAAUGUCUUUCUAUUUUAUGUUCUUUAAAUGUUGACUCUGAAAAGGUUCACAGUACGGCUAGUAAAUUGGUAUUAGUAUCAUUAGUUUGAUCAAUAAACUAAAUUACUAAAAUUUUAA